AUGGGUCAUGGACCAAGUACUCCUCGACCGUGGAGGGAUUCUCGUUUGGUGAAGACAAAGUUUGGCAGCAUCAUCGGAAGGCGAUUCGUUUUUGGCGAGAAAGAGGUCGAUGCGUUCCAAGGAAUUCCGUUCGCCAAGCCACCCGUGGGUGAGCUGCGAUUCAAGGUGUACUUCAGACAGUUGUUCCAGGUCGAUGCGUUCCAAGGGAUUCCGUUUGCCAAGCCACCUGUUGGUGAGCUGCGAUUCAAGAAACCAGAAUGGCCAGAUCCAUGGGACGAUGUGAAAGUAACUAAAGGAUUCGCUGCCAGAGGAAUUCAAAAAGAUCCGCACUUCUUUGAGAAGAUGAAGUUAGGGAAGAUAUCCGAAGAUAAUCUCUAUCUGAAUGUGUUCACUCCUGUGUGGAGCCCAGACACUGGCUCAGGAGGAUUCCCUGUUUUGGUAUUCGUCCACGGAGGUGGUUACGUUAGUGAUAGCAGCGUAAAGUAUGGCGAUGUCGGUAUCUGUGAACACCUGUGCACGAAAGACGUGGUUGUUGUGACUAUCCAGUAUCGCCUCGGAUUCCUCGGCUUCUUCUCCACCGGAGACGAACACUGUCCGGGAAACUUCGCUCUCUGGGAUCAAACCCUCGCUCUCAGAUGGGUUCAGGAGAACAUAGCUGCUUUCAAUGGUGAUCCUGGCAACGUGACAGUCAUGGGCCAAUCUGCCGGUGGAGCCUCUGUCGAUCUGCUAAGUAUCUGUCCUCAUUCCAGAGAUCUCUUCCACAAAGUGGUCCCCAUGGCAGGAAAUGCAAGCUGUUCAUGGGCCUUACAUGACAAUAUGGUAGAAGAAUGCCGCAAAUUUGCCGAGCGAAAUGGUGUCCACAACACUCACGAUUCCAAAAAAGUUGACAAGAUGGAGAAGUCCAGCGUGGGAAAUACCUGUCCUGUUGGUCCACGCCUUGACUUCGAUUUCAUUCCAAAGAGCGUUAGCGAAUUGCGAAAGGAGGCUCCAGCAAAACCUAUGCUGAUCGGGUGCUGCGCCUCGGAGGGACUCAUCUUCUGUAAGUUUACCUUGAUGGGCUUCGAGAAGCAUCCUUCUCUCAGCUCCAUUAUGGAGCAGAUCUCGCGGCUUAUUCCUGAAAAGCAUCAACCUCGCCUGUUCAAGAAGAUACGCGAGGAGGUUUUCGAAAAACUUGCCGUAAACCCUCAAAAUCCUGUCAUAGUGGCUCGAGCAUUCACUGAGAUCCUCGGCGAUUUAUUCGUAAACGUCGGAGUUCAGAAGACUGUCUUGGAAACACUGGAGGCACACGAUGCUCCUGUGUAUUUCUACUCUUACGACUAUUUCAACCCAAAAAAUGCAACACAUUGUACUGAAUUGGCAUACAUUUUCGCCGUCGGAAUAAUCUGGCAUUUCGAUUUCAAUGACGAUGACAAACGCAUGCUCGAGAUGACAACAAGAAUGUGGACGAAUUUCGCUAAAUACGGAAAUCCCAACGGUGUCGCCGAAAUUCCGAGUUCGUCCGUACCCUGUGAUCGGCCGUUCACAUGGGAACCAGCGACUCUUUCGAAUCCUCAGAGACAUCUCGCCAUUUCACUCCGACCAGAAAUGAAAGACGAAUACAAGAAUGGAAGGCCUCUGCUCAUUGCACAAUUACGGCGGUCCAAGUCUGAAUCGAAUGGUGUAUGA